UUAAGGAACGCAAAUGGAGACUUGAUAUUGUUUCUUAUAUUACUUAGUUCGUUGACUUCCUUGAUGAACAAGAAAAUCAUUUUAUUUCUUUAUUACCAGAUGACACCAGAGUCAAACAAGAACACGUUGUCCUGAGAGACUCAGUCCAUUUGGAGAAACUCUCAGACAAGAGUGAGACAGCGUGAAGUCUAUACCAUGUAGUUAGAAACGGCUCCCAGUUUUCCUGAACCGAACCUCAUAUAAGUAUUUGGUUGGGCGUACCGGUUUAUUCCGGUUUGGUUCUGUAGAACACACAAACAAAUAAAAAAUCAAGACUUUGCAAAAUUUCCAUUUCACUCUGGAAUCUUGAGAGAGUCGUCCAAGACAGAGUUACCUCGUGAGAUUCAACAUUGUUGGUGGUGGUACACCAUGGGUGGGGUUAUGCAGAAGUUCCUAGUGGCAUCAAUGUUCAUGUGGAUUCUUCCUGUUGCCAUAUUAUACGGAUUCAACAAUGAUUUGCUUCCUGGUUCAACAACAUUUUCUCCGCAUUCUCUAACACUACUGAGUGGAUUUCUUGCUGUGGUAUCAGUCAAUGUAGUGAUUGUGUUCUACAUCUGCCUGGCCCUGAAAGAACCUACAGAUAAACACAAGCCAGACGCUUCGUUCGUCGCAGAGGCCAAAGAUAAUGUGAAGAAAUUGACAUCAGGAGUCCCAAGUACUGACCCGGCACUCAAGAAACAAGAGUAAGAGCUAAGCAAAUCCCAUUUUCUUAAAGUACAAGGAACAGUGCCAAGAUUGCAUCAAAUGGAGCAGAGCUCGAGUUCUUGCAAUGUAUUGUUAUAAUUGUAGAAAUUCUUGCCUGGUAGACCAUCCUCCGUUGGGACAUUUGAGAGGGUUUGGUGCUCUGUUUGAGCAACGGAAAGAACAAUGUUCAUGUUGAACAGAGACAAGAGCUAAUGUUUUAAGGAUAAAACUCACAAAACCAAAUGUUUGUUUGGUGCUGCUCCUUCAUUUCAAGGACGCUAAGUGAAUUAUAUAGUGAAAUUUUGUUUA